AUGGAGAGUUUGAAGACUGGAAAACCUUCACGUCCAUCAACUUCAUAUGAGCUUGAUCAAAAGCUCAAGAAAAAGGUUGUUGAGGAAAGCGAAAAUGAAGACGACACACAAGCUAAUCCAAUAAAAAAGGAAGUUGAAUCAGAUAGAUUUGGGCCACCCGUAAAAGAGUAUACAACAAAGUUCCACAACCAAGCUAUGGUUCUGGACAUCGACGUCAACAACUACGAUGUUUUCAUGAAGUGUAUUGGAGGUCUUGCUGACUACAUAUGGAAAGAACUAAAAUUGUUCACCGUAGAUACUAUUGAAGAAGCUACUAUGAAGGCCAUCGCCAUUGAGGCGAAAAAUAAAAGAACUGACAAGAAGGAUGACAGAUCAAAGCCUAUCAACAAAACUGACUGGCAGAAAAAUGGGAAGUAG